GAAGUUACAAUAACAAUAAUAACAACAACAGCCAGCAUUCUAGAUUUUCACUUUUUGUUAGUUUUUUUUAUCACUUUAUAGCUUUCGGACAGUAAAAUGGCUUUCACAAGGAUAUCUGCAAAAUAUCCACCACAAAUUGAUCCAACUAGAACACCUCUGGCAUAUGGCGCACGAGCUAUUCCUCGAUUGAAUCGAGAGUUAAAUGAUGAAACAUUAUUAACAAGACAAAGAGCUGUGAUGUCAUUAUGUGAUUAUUUACAUGACCCAGAACAUAUUGCUACAGCUUUAAGAGAAGGUAUUGUAGAAAGUUUAAAGAACUUAUUAUCUGAUCCUGAUAUUACAGUAAGACAAAAAUCUACAGAAUGUCUCUUUGUUAUUGCUGGUCAUGCAAUUGGUAGAGAUGCAUUUAUAGAUCAUGAAAUAAUCAAACCUGUGUCUAAUUUAUUUAAUGAUUCAGAAGAUAUUGCCAGACAAAAUGCUCAUAAAGCUCUUGAAAUGAUUGCAGAAACUCCCAAUGGUGCUGAAGGAAUUGUGACUUGUGAAUUAAUACCAACUUUAGUUGACAAGCUAAAAACAGAACAUGAUGAAAUCAAGGUAUUAAUAUUAGAUACACUACAUUACUGUAUGAGAGUAGAUACUAGUAAAGCUUUAUCUAGUGGUGCCAUGAAAAUAUUUACAUCUUUAUUAAGUCAUGAGUUACCUAUAAUCAGAUCUAAGGCAGCCCGAGAUAUCAUGGAUCUCAGUGUACCAUUAGCUGGUAAAGAUAAAGCAGUAGAAGAGGGUAGUGUACCAGUAUUAGUUGAUUUAUUAGUUAAAGAUGAUUCACCUGAUGUUAUAGCUAAUUCUGCAGGUGCUAUUAUGACCAUUACCAUAACAACCAAAGGAAAAUAUACAGCAAUUAAUUGUAAUGCUAUAGAAGCUUUAGUUAAAUUGGUUAAUCAUCAGUCUAGUGAAGUCAGACUAAAUGCCUUAAAAGCUCUUACAUGUUUAUCAGAAGCUCCAGAAGGAAGAGAUGUUUUAUUAUUAUUUGUAGAUUCAAUUAAGGAAAGAACUGAAGACAGCGUACCAGCAGUGGUGAAUGCAGCUAAAAUAGCAGUAAAAGUAAUUACAUGGAAACCUUAAAGUGACUUAAACAACCAUUAUAAAACAUACAUGUCUGUGAUAUUUUUAUGUUGGAACUCUUCUUUUUGGAGGGGGAAAAGUACAUGACAGUUUCUGUUGGGAAUCAUCAGGGGACAGAAGCUUCAUCAAAUCUAUUUGGAAUUAUCAGACAGUGUUGAAUAUUAUAUGUUGGAACUCUUUUGUUUGGAGGGGGAAAAGUACAUUACCAGUUUCUGUUGGGAAUCAUCAGGAGAUAAUAAGUUCAUCGAAUAUAUUUUAAAAUUUCAUUGGCUUUGUGUAGUGUCUGUUAAUUUAUUUAAACUUUGUGUACAUUCUGAUCUUGCUAUACCCCUGUCAGUCUUUGAGGUUUGGUUUCCACAAUUCAGAAACUGAAUAAUUUAUAUGCUCUUUAUUAUGAUUCUGAGAAAUUUGAGGGCUUUUUUGACAAAAAGGCCUCAAAAUACUGAACUCUUUAUCUGUGUUUUCUUUACGUGUUUUGUUAAUGUCCUAACUGUGCCUAAAUAUUUACAUGCUUUGCUUGAACUAGCCUCCCAAAGUCGAAAUAGUUUUGUUAACUGUUGUCAAAUAUCAGUAUAAAGAAUAUUCAGCCUUUCAAUGUGAUAAUAUAACUUUUGUAUGCCUUAGUAAUGUUUUGUAUAAAAUGACAUUUUACUUGUAGCCAAAAAAUGUUUUUAAUACUUGUUAUUGUAAUUAUAUUUAAAUGUGUCUAUUUCUACCUCUAAUAGAAAAAAACUUGUGAUUUA